GCUCCUAUAUAAAGCCCCGCAUCUAACCAUUGUCCCUCUCUCUCUGCUUUGCUGCUGAUUCUCGGUUGGUGGCGCGCGGUUAUGUCCCUUCGCUGCCAGCGUCUCUCUGCCAGACACGGUUCGGUCAUGGCAGCGAACUGCGCCGCGGACGACGGAUCCGACGAAGAGUCGACCACGAGAAGCCACAACAACCAGAAUCGUAUAUCUUUGGCAAGAGUUUUAAAGAUAUUCACUAGCUCCAUUAGCGAAGAACAGGCUUGGGCUAUAUGUAACCAGUGUAGUAAAUAUUUCUUAAAUACAAAUUCCAAGCACAAUGGUUAUCGGAUUCUGACCAAGCAUCGCCUCGACGGUCUCCACAUCCAAAAAGACGGCGAAGUCGUCAUUAAAAGCCCCCAAUUAAGCAGAAGGAAAGAGGAUAAUUAUAGCCAUACACCAGAGGAACAUAUCUCAGAAAGUGAUUUAUUCAAAGACAAAAGUAUUAUCAAGGACAAAGAUAUAAUCCAAGUUCUUGGAUUGGUAGUUUUCCAAGCUUUAGAUCAUGGUUUAGCUGAAACUGAAGAGCACAACUUCAGCACAGAACUGGAGUCCCUCAUUGAGUAUAUGACUACCUCGGAUACGGAUGUUGAAAGUGAUGAUUCUCAUACAGUUGAUGAUGAAGGAAUUGUCAGAGAUGGAGAUGAUGAUGGUGGAGAGGAGGAUUCUUUGUCUUCAUGUAACUUUGAGACUGUCUUACAGAUGUGCAAGAAUCACCUGUCAAGUAGCUCAGAUGCUAGUCUUCAUUAUCGAGCAGUUUGCCGAGCACUAUUUACUGAAGCUCAUGAACUUGUCACUUUUCUUGAUAAGGUGUCAACUGGCCAGAAGAUUCUACAGAAGCAGAGGCAGAAAGUUGAUGAAUUGGAGGCUCUUGAAAGAUCAGAUUGGGCUCGACUUUGGAUUCAGAUCAUGAAACAGUUGCGACAUGGCGUGAAGCUAAAGAAAGUUGACCACUCUCAUCAGUCUUUUGAAGGGGAGUAUGAGCUGACCCCUUAUGAGAUUCUCAUGAAGGAUAUAGUCUUUAAGAGAUACAGACUUAAUAAGAUUAUGGUAAACGGAGACAUUCCACCCAAAGUGAAGCAUGAUGCCCAUACCAUGAUACUGGAUUUUAUAAGAUCAAGACCCCCUCUACAUCCUAUGAAAGAUCGUGUUGUAAACAAGUUACCCCCACGAUCACCGGACCCUCAUGAAAAGCUUCUCAUCGAAAUCAGAUCUCAACCAAAACUUCGCCCAAUCAAAGAAGGAAAAGUCUUGGUUGAAACAUCUCGUACUAAACUGAAUAUCGAUGAUGAGGAAGAGAGUCCUUUACCUGUACGCAAAGUUAUAAAACCAGAUUUCAACCUGAUUCUUGACAACAGUUUUGAGGUUGAUGAUGAAGAAUUAUCUUGUCGUGAAGGAUCUGAAAAUAAAGACACUGUCAAGAGACAAGGGAAACAAGACCAUUCCACAGAUAAAAAUGCGAAGCUAGUUCGACGGCAUACCAUUAUGGUAUGCGAGUCUCCGACUGAAGCAAAAACUUCACCAAUAUUUGAAACCCUUCAAAUGAUCAGUGAAUUAGAAGAGUCUCCUGACAGUGGAAAUCUGGUAAAAAGCCUCAGCAGUUCUGAAAACAUUUCAAGAUCUGUUGGGAAUUCCCCAACGACAAGUGACCGAAAUCUACAUGUAGAUCAUUCUACGAAAUCAAACGUAAUGCAUGUAAGUUGGACUAGUUCGUCUACUCACACCAAAGAGCACCAACGUAGCUUACCAUACAAAGAUUAUCAUCCACUGUCUGAAUUGGAUGAAUCUGAGUUGGAAAUAAAAAAAUGGCAGAAUCCUAUUGAAUGUUUGUCGUUGACAUUGGAUGAAGUCAUGCAUAUCCGACAGGUGUUGACCAAAGCAGAGUUAGAAUCACUUCUUGCACAGCCUCAGCUUUAUGACUUGGUUUCUCGUGGAAAGGUGUGCUUCUCUUGUAAAUCUGUGAAAUUUAGUCUGUUCAGCCAAUGGGGAAAUAAUUGCCAGUUCUGCAAGAGGGUUGUCUGCAAUAAAUGUAUUCGCAAGAUGCACGUUCCUGCAGAACAUUUCAACAGAAUUCCAGUCUACACCCUAAGUCCUUCACCACCAAUCUCUCCAAUUGAAAACAACCAAACAAUGAAUAUUUUUACAAGUACUGGAACCGGUUCCCUUUUGUCACCAAAAAAGAAUGGCAAGUCCCCUAAACGACGACCUCUACAACGGUCUCAGACCAUAUCGGAUAAACUACUGGAAUCCAAAUCAAGAGUAAUGAAAGGGUCUUUGAUGAAUGUUUGCUGUGACUGUAAGGAGAUGGUUUGUGAAGUGAUCCAAGCCAGUCGAGUGUCUCUGUCAUUGGUGAAAAGAAGCAAAGAGCUUUCAGAGACAGAGCCAAAGAAAGCCUCUAAAGUCGGUUUUGUAACUGAUUCCAUGUAAAAGCAAUAUUCUUUUUAGAUUGGUGGGGGUGGGGGAAAAAAAAAAGAAACUAUCUGUGAUGCUUAAACUAUUAACUGACGUAUGGCUUUAUAUUGCCAUAACCUAACAAAUAAUGUUUGUGUUGAUAUACUUAAUUGUUAUUCUAGGUCCUGUUAGUUAGUACACUCUGCACUAAUACUUUUGUAUUCAUGCAGUUGUAAUGUUUGUGUUAUGACUGUUGUGAUUAUUUAUUGAGAUGUAUUGCGGAUAUCUUAAUAUUAUACAGAGAAGUAAAUAUUGUGGCUACUGUUAAAUACAUAUUAGUGUUUAUUGAUGUCUUGCUAUUAUUAUAGAGAUAUAUAUAUAGGGAGAGAGAGAGAGAGGUCUAUAUAAAUUAUUAAUACAUUUUCUAGUUGUGCUAUUUAUUGGUUAUUACACUGUAUGCAGUAUAAGGGAUAUAUGCAUCCAUAAUAUGUGUGUGUGUGUAAAUGAAUGUAUAUUUAAUACCUAUAGCUAUUUCAGUGCCAUCAGUUCGUGCUGAUAUCUAGGAACUGGGACACAGUGAUCUUCAGCAGACUCUAUCAUAGGUUUUGAAGAAAACAGAUUUCCUUUUGCUUCAUUGACUAUCACAGUCCACUAAAGAUCAUGGUGUCUGAAUUAUUGGAUAUUAGCUUGAAUUCAUGGUAUGGAAGUCGCUAAAGGCAGUAAAUACAUGUAUAUUCUAUACUUUACAAAUGUCUUCAUGUCUGCAUUAUGGAUCCUUUAGUAUUUUUGUUUGAAAAAAACAAAACAAAACAAAAGUAGCAUUUAACUGUGUGUGUGUGUGUGUGUGUGUGUGUGUGUGUGUGUGUGUGGGUGCUGGAACAAGAGUAGCAAUUUUAGUUUCCAUUCCUUAAUAGUAAAGGAAUUUGUUUGGACCUAACUGACUAUUUCAGUUUUUAUUCUUCAUUUGGCACACCUUCAAUCACUUUUAAGUUGAAUCGUAUUUUUGUAAUACAUCCAUUUCAAUUAAACUAACAAAAAGUCUUAUUGUUUUCAAAAACCCUCGUUUAUUCCUAUGUAAUUAAUUUCCUUGUUUUGAGUAUUAAAAAAAAAAGAAAAGGAAAACAGGUUGACUUUUAGGACACUUUAUGUCAUUUUUUUUUGUUUUCUCACCUUUUUUUUUUUUUUUUUUUUUGUAAAUAAACUUGAUACUUCCAAUGAAGUCCCCCCCCCAGCCCUUCCCCAGUUUUCAGUGAAAUGAAAUGCUUUGUUGCAGAAGAAACCUUACCCUGCGAGAUAUAAUAUUACAUUAUAUCUCUUUUCCCCCAGCAAUUAUUUUUUCUUUUUUCUUUUCUUUUUUUUUUUUUUCUAGACCUUGUUCAUUUUUUGUCUUAAAUACUUGCCUCUAAAUAACAAGUCUCUUGAAUGACUUAAUUUCUUUCUACUGAAUGCUGAUAUCUUUGAAGAUGGUGUAAAUAGUUCUGGUUUUGUAUAAAGAUUUACAAUAAAUUCUUUAUUGAUUACAGUAA